AUGUUAAUUUGGCUGUUCAUUCCACUUCUCACGUCACGCAAUCCAAACAUUCAUCUAUUCCAUAUACCACCUUUGUCUAUCAUCUCGGUCUUCAGAAAAAUUCAUCAGCAGUAUUCAAAGCUACUAUUUUUACCCUCUUCCAGCCUAUGCAUCUUCCUCAUGCUUUUCGACCCUACCUGCAUUACAUAUCUUGACGAGGUCUCCGCUCAUACCGGUAAACCCCGACCCCGAAAAGGGGGAAUAUUAUGGAAAAGAAAUAAUUGUAACGGGUAG